AGCCUGGUGGCUCCGGGUGUAGGACCUUCAGGAGCGGGCUCUGGAAGCUCCAGUUUCCGGGGAGACACUCUGACGCGCAGCGCCGUUGGGAAAGCAGAACGGGCUCGGCUCUCCACCCAAGGGCACCGCACGCCUAGCACCCGGCCAUGUCGUCCUGCGCCCGCGUGGCGCUGGUCACCGGGGCCAACAAGGGCAUCGGCUUCGCCAUCGUGCGUGACCUCUGCCGGCAGUUUACGGGGGACGUGAUCCUCACGGCGCGGGACACAGCACGGGGUCAGGCGGCAGUGCAGCAGCUGCAGGCCGAGGGCCUGAAGCCGCGGUUCCACCAGCUGGACAUCGACGACCUGCAGAGCAUCCGCGCCCUGCGCGAUUUCCUGCUCAAGGAGUACGGGGGCCUCGACGUGCUGGUCAACAACGCGGGCAUCGCCUUCAAGAAUGUUGAUUCCACACCGUUUCAUAUUCAAGCAGAAGUGACUAUGAAAACAAACUUCUUCGGUACCCGAGAUGUGUGCACAGAGCUCCUGCCUCUAAUAAAACCCCAAGGCAGAGUGGUGAAUGUGUCUAGCUUUGUGAUUAUCAGCUCUCUUAAAAAAUGCAGCCCCGAACUGCAGCAGAAGUUUCGAAGUGAGACCAUCACGGAGGAGGAGCUUGUGGGGCUCAUGAACAAGUUUGUGGAAGACACAAAGAACGGGGUGCACAGGAAGGAGGGCUGGCCUGAGACCGCAUAUGGGGUGACGAAAAUUGGCGUCACGGUGCUGUCCAGAAUCCAAGCCAGGAAAAUGAGUGAACUGAGAGGAGGAGACAAGAUCCUCCUGAAUGCCUGCUGCCCAGGGUGGGUGAGAACUGACAUGGCAGGACCCACAGCCACCAAAAGCCCAGAAGAAGGAGCAGAGACCCCCGUGUACUUGGCCCUUUUGCCCUCGGAUGCUGAGGGGCCUCACGGACAGUUUGUUUCUGAGAAAAAAGUUAUACAGUGGUGAGCUCCCUCACAGCUCCACCCAUGGGCCCGAUUAUGUUCCUGUCCCAAUUUCACAGAAAGGAUAUCCCUAUGCAAAAAAAAAAAAAAAAAAAAAAACAGAAGAAGAAAAGAAAGAAUCAAAAUAUCCCUAUCAAGUCCUCACUGGGAAAUGGCUACUAAUUCUGUGAAGCCGUUUGUGUUUCCUUCUGUGAUCACAGGGGAGGAAAAGUGGGAUGGAUGGCAAAUAAUAAAUAAAAGUCAAUAGAUGAAUAAA